AUGGACAGAAAAAGGAUAUUACGGAGAGGGUGUAACUCUGACGUCGCAAGUGGAGAUGGCCGAGUUGGUCUAAGGCGCCAGAUUAAGCCAAACACAGCUUCUGUAGAUCCAGUUAUGUCCCUAAUGCUCCAAACACCCUAUUUUCCUCUUUUCACUUCUCUCUUCCUCUGUGUCCUGGUUCUGUUUUGGAAGAGAUUCAAAGCCAGAGGCCUCAAGUCACCUCCUCCAGGGCCAUGGAAGCUGCCUGUUAUUGGAAGCUUGCAUCAUAUGGUUGGUCCACUACCACAUCAUACAUUGAGAGACUUAGCCAAGAAACACGGUCCCAUUAUGCACCUAAAGCUGGGCCAGUUGGAGGCUGUCAUAAUUUCCUCCUCCAAAGCAGCCCAAGAGGUGUUGAAGACACAUGAGCUUACAUUUUCUCAGAGGCCUCUGGUUUUGGCAGUACAAGUUAUGUCCUUUGGUCAAGCAAGUAUUGCCUUUGCUCCUUAUGGAGACUUCUGGAAAGAGCUGAGAAAGAUCUGUGUUUUUGAACUUCUCAGCGCAAAGCGUGUGCAGUCGUUCAGAUCAAUAAGAGAAGAAGAGGUAGGGAAUCUUGUUGAGUCCAUUUCCUCUGUAUCCCAGCAGGGAGUUGCCAUCAAUUUCAGUGAGAAAUGCUUCAGCUUGACAAAUGGCAUAGUGUCAAGAGCAGCAUUUGGCAAAAAAUGCAAAGACCAAAAAGAGUUCACCUCACUGCUUGAGGAAGCAAUCAAACUUGCUGGAGGGUUUGACAUUCCUGAUUUGUUUCCUUCCCUCAGAUUUCUUGGGUAUGUUACUGGGAAAAUUCCUGCAAUGAAAAGGAUACGCAACAAGCUCGGUAAAAUUCUUGAAAGUAUCAUCAGCGAUCAUAUGACCAAAAGAUCGGAAGACUUGAUCGCCAGUCGUACUACAACAGGCAUUGACAAGGCAGAAGAGGAGGAGGAGGAAGAUUUUGUUGAUGUACUUCUAAAACUUCAAGAGUCCAAUAAGCUGGAAUUCAACUUCACAACCGAUCAGAUCAAAGAUGUCAUUAUGGACAUCUUCUCUGCAGGGAGUGAGACAUCAGCUACUACCAUAGAAUGGACAAUGUCAGAGUUGAUGAGAAACCCUAGAGUGAUGAAGAAGGCCCAAGCUGAAGUAAGACAAGUAGCCCUUGAAGGAAAGAAAAACAGAAUUGAAGAAGCAGAUGUUCAAAAGAUGGAUUAUUUGAAAUCAGUGGUGAAAGAAACUCUGAGGCUGCACCCUCCAACCCCAUUGCUCCCAAGAGAAGCAAGGGAAAGGUGCCAAAUCAGUGGAUAUGAAUUGGCACUUAAAUCAAAAGUGAUUGUCAACGAAUGGGCUUUAGGAAGAGAUGUGGAGAGUUGGGGGGUUGAUGCUGAGUGUUUUAAGCCAGAGAGGUUUCACGGUUCUUCCGUUGACUUUAAAGGGUUUGACUUUGAGUUCAUUCCAUUUGGGGCUGGAAGAAGAAUAUGUCCGGGCAUAGCAUUUGGGGUAACCAUGAUUGAACUUGCACUUUCUCAGUUGCUCUGCCACUUUGAUUGGAAACUGGCCUAUGGGAUCAAACCAGAAGAAGUUGACAUGACUGAGACUUUUGGAGUGACGUGUAGGAGAAAGAGUGACUUGUACCUGAUCGCCACCCCUCGUUUUCGUUUACUCAAUGAGUCAGAGUAA